AUGGCGGCCUGGGGCGUGCUCGGCGCUGUUACCCCAUAAGUCUUGGGCUGGGCGGACGGCCCUCCACCUCACCGCCGGGCACAAAGAGACAAGCCCCCGAGGGCCAUGGUGUUUGAGACUCCGGGCUUGCCGAGAACGAAGUCCUCCCCGCUCUCAGCGCACCGGAAGCGCCCGAGCGCGCUCCGCCGGGCGACCAGCAGCCGCCGCAAACGCGAGCACCGCCACCGCGACCUCGGCUCCGCUCGCCCGCGCCCACGACCCAGCGAGUGCUGUGGCAGCCACCGGAGGGGUGCAAAAAAAUGGCCAAAAGAAUUGCUGAGAAGGAAUUGACAGAUAGGAACUGGGAUCAAGAAGAUGAAGCUGAAGAGGUAGGAACAUUCUCAGUGGCCAGUGAGGAAGUCUUGAAGAAUAGAGCCAUAAAGAAAGCAAAGCGGAGAAAUGUUGGAUUUGAAUCUGAUAGUGGAGGAGCCUUUAAAGGUUUUAAAGGUUUGGUUGUACCUUCUGGAGGAGGAGGGUUUUCUGGAUUUGGUGGUGGUGCUGGAGGGAAGCCUCUGGAAGGACUGUCAAAUGGAAACAGCAUGGCUAGCACCCCUCCCAUCCCCAGUGCAAAGGCAGUAACAGAGACCAAGGCAGCCUUGGAGUCUGUUACUGCAAAUGGCCCUACCAUGUUGGUUGAUAAAAAGAUUUCAAAUCCCAGAACUAAUGGCGAUAGUCAGCAGCCCUCCUCCUCUGGCCUGGCCUCUAGUAAAGCCUAUGUCAGGAAUGCCUAUAACAACCAGCUGGCUGCCUUGAACUGCUCCGUCCGGGACUGGAUCGCGAAGCAUGUGAACGUGAACCCGCUCUGCGACCUGACACCCAUCUUUAAAGACUACGAGAAAUACUUAGCGAGUAUCGAGCAGCAGCACGGGAGCAGCGCCAGUGGUACUGCUCAGAGCGAAGCUAACAAGACCGUGGUCGACGUGCAGUCUCCUUCCCCGCUCGGCUCAGCAAAACUCCAGAAAGAGUCAGAGUUUUUGUUCCACGGCAACAAAACUGAAGAUACACCUGAAAAGAAGACUGAGGCUACUUCUGAGAAGAAGACGGACCCAUCACUAGGAGCAACAAGUGCCUCAUUUAAUUUUGGCAAGAAAAUUGAUAGCUCUGUUUUGGGCUCAUUAAGCUCUGGCCCCCUGGCUGGAUUUUCAUUUUCCUCUGGAAAUGCCCCUUUAUUUGGCAAAGAUACUUCCCAGAGUAAACUAGGUUCUUCACCACUUCCCACUAAGACACUGGUGAGCCAGGCAGAAGGUGGAGGCAACGAGUGCAAAGGUGGAGAUGAAGAAGAGAAUGAUGAGCCACCCAAAGUAGUAGUUACUGAAGUAAAAGAAGAAGAUGCUUUUUACUCCAAAAAGUGUAAACUAUUUUACAAGAAAGACAAUGAAUUUAAAGAGAAAGGUGUAGGUACUCUGCAUUUAAAACCUACAGCAAACCAGAAGACACAGCUUUUGGUCCGGGCAGACACCAAUUUAGGCAACAUUUUGCUGAAUGUUCUGAUUCCACCCAAUAUGCCAUGUACCCGAACAGGAAAAAAUAACGUACUUAUUGUCUGUGUUCCAAAUCCACCAAUUGAUGAGAAGAACGCCAGUGUCCCAGUUACCAUGUUAAUCAGGGUAAAAACCAGCGAGGACGCAGACGAGUUGCACAAAAUUCUACUGGAGAAAAAGGAUGCCUGAGCUCGUGAAGUCAGCGGAGGAUCGUUGCCAAGUUGCUGCUUCCCCACCACCCCUAAACUUAGUUUUUCUUCUCUUCUUACUUUGACAUUCUAAGAACUUAAAGAUAACUUAAAACUUUUGUGAGGAAGAUUGAUAUGGCCAAUAAAACCUUUAAAUAUUAAGUGUCAAGAAACUGUAUUCUCCCUUCUUAAGAACUGUUAAAGUGUAAAAUAUAUUUGAAUGAAAUUUUUUGGAAGAUUUUUUAAUGUCAUUUGUUUAUUAAACUAACCAUACGUGAUUUCUU